AUGGCAGCAAUGAAGCUUCUACUCUCUCAAGCUCGCCGCCAAGGUCUUACCAAAUCCAUUUCGUCCCCAUUUCAACAAAUCCCUAGACUCUUCUCUUCCUCCUCAUCGUCCGAUUCGAAUCCUUCCCCGGAUUCGAAUCCAAACCCGCCGCAAAACGAAUCCCGCAAAAAACUCGAGCCGGUGUCGUACGCCGCCAAACCGAAGGAUCAGAAAUCUCAACCCUCCGAUGGCGCUUCUCCUCCACCGUCUUCUACUGCGCCGCUUAAUUCUGAAUCGGCGAGCCAGGAGGAUCGAUCGAGCUUGACGCGAGAGGAAAUCCGGUAUGUGAAAGACGCUCCUUCGAUCUCUCCGGUUUCCUACGCCCAGCGUGUGGCCCCGCUUCCGGAGGAUCGCGUCGUCGGUGAGGACGAGAGAGAGCGAACUCCGGAGGAGAUGGAGAUAGAGAGGAAGAGGAUCGAAGCAGAGAAUCGGGCUAGAAGAAGGUUCUUAAGAGCUAAUGCUGUGGAAGAGGAUACAUCUUCGCUUCCUUUACCAACAUUGCUUAAACCGGAUUUGAGGCAUGGGAAGAAACCUAUUUUCGAUCUCAUGGAGGCCAUUAGAGAGAUAAAGUCCAAUGCCAAGGCCAAAUUUGAUGAAACUCUUGAGGCGCAUGUGAGGUUGGGCAUCGAGAAGGGCCGAUCUGAGCUGAUAGUUCGUGGUACUUUGGCUCUACCACACUCUGUUAAGAAGGAUGUGAAAGUGGCUUUCUUUGCGGAGGGGACUGAUGCAGAGGAUGCAAAAGCUGCUGGAGCUGAUGUUGUUGGUGGUCUUGAGCUUAUUGAAGAAAUCUUGAAAAGCGGCAAGAUCGACUUUGACAGAUGUCUUGCAACUCCGAAAAUGAUGCCUCGUGUUUACAAGAUAUCAAGGAUUCUUAACAAUCACGGUUUGAUGCCAAACCCCAAACAAGGUAGUGUGACCAAGGAUGUUACGAAAGCAGUCAAAGACGCAAAAGCUGGACAUACCAAAUUCAGAAUGGAUAAAACUUCUAUUCUCCAUGUGCCACUUGGAAAGAUGAGCUUUCCUGAGGAUGCUUUGCGAGAGAAUGUUGGUGCAUUUAUGAAUGCUCUUUUGCUGGCAAAGCCUGCAGGAUUGAAAAAGACUUCAAAAUAUGCUGGUUAUGUGAAUGCAUUCCACUUAUGCAGUACGAUGGGAAAGGGUUAUCCGGUCUCGAUACAGUCGUUGUCAAGAGCAGCGGAUCUCUAUACCAAAUUGCAGCUCAAGUGA